AGAGACAGGCGCACUGAAACCGGCCGGCGCAAAAUGUCAAAUUAACGUGGAGGAAUUUACCCACGCAGGCAUUCAUUUAACACUUCAACUAUUCUUCCACAGGGCAAACUGGCAGUACCUGCACAUUACGAUGGGGAGCGGAUGUUUGCUGCCAGCCGCUUUUUUGGUAUGGGCGCUCACACUGUCAGAAGCCCAGGCUGUGGACGGGCCAGCUCUCACCUGCCUCAGAUCCAGUCCAGCCGGCACACGGACGCGCGUCACCUUUCUGCGUGAAGACAGGGACGGUGCGCGCUCCCUGUUCCUCACCAUGUGGUCCAAAGAUAUGCAACUGGUUGCCUGCCUGGUGUAUAACGAUUCGCGUGCUACGGAAGGAUAUCGUGCGCUCUGCGAGACAAGCAAACGCCACCAUGAAGAAGUCAUUCAGAACUUUAACAUCAGCAUGGCGCUGGCUCCGAACGCGCCGUGCGCGCCGGUGCCCUCUCGGGCUCCGGAGUUUACCGGGCGCACAACAGGAGGGGGUUCAAAGCCGAAAUCCCGAGCCAAACGCUCCUGGAUAUUCCCAGGUACCUUGUGGUGUGGAAGCGGUAGCAAAGCAAUGGGAUACGAAGAGUUAGGGAUGUUUGAAGGUGCAGACAGAUGCUGCCGUGAGCACGACCACUGCCCGCACAUCAUCCCAGCUUUCACCAUGAAUUAUGGAGUUUUCAACCGCAACUUCUUCACCAUGUCCCACUGUGACUGUGACCAAAGGUUUCGACAGUGUCUUCUGGGCAUGAAUGACAGCAUUUCUCAUAUGGUCGGCUACAGCUUCUUCAACAUCCUGCAGGUUUCCUGCUUUGAACUCAAGCAGCUGAAGCGCUGCACAGAGAUGUACUGGUUUGGAAUGUGUAAAGUCGCCAAAGAGGCCCCAUAUGCUGUUUUUAAAAGCCCCCUCCCUUACAACAACUCUGAUGGCUCCAGUAACUAUUCAGACAGUGACAGAAACGAUUUAAGGAGCAGCCAAAGGCAGAAUAUAACCAAAAUUGCCAUAGUCAACCCCCGAAAGAAGUCAUCCAAAAAAGAAAUUAGAUGCCUGAGAGACCCACCAAGAGGAGACACUUUCUACCGUAAGAAAACUAAGUGGAGAGAAUGUCAAAGACACCAGGAAAUAUCUAGAGCAACAACAACCACAGAAGCACCCAAUUUAUCAAGGAGCCACACCACAACCGUGUCCAUGAAAAUGGGUUAUUCUAAAAGUAGAAUACGGCUGUCGAAUAGAAAAACUGCUGGAAAAAAGAAGAGUGUCAGAAAGGUUUUGUCAGGUCUUAAACAGAGAGGCCUUGUUCCUAUCAGUCAAGCCUCAAAGUCAGACUUAGAAUUGACAUCUCCCACAUCGUCAGGUAUCCCCUCUGUAACCCAGGGACCAUGGCCUACACAAGACCCAGCAAGAGCACUCCCAAAAGCGACUAAAACCUCCAAGAGACAACGAAAAACCCCAAAGCAAAGUCAGCGUUGUGUAUCCAGCAUGCCUUCGAGGGGGGACUCUUUCCAGCCACACCGAAAAAGUUGUGUGAAACCAGACGCAGCUUUUCACACAACUGUCAAACCGGCAAAAACAACAAGUGGCCUACCAACAAAACAGAUAAGCCAACAUCUCAAAAAGACAACAGAAAGGCCCAACUGGGUGACCUCAGCCGUUUUUCAGGAAGCAGUUACCUUUUCAACCACAGUCAGGACAACAUCACUUCCUGAAGAAGGAAAGCCACACAAAAUAAGCCAGCAGCACUUCAAUCCUGCCAUAGAUGAAGGCCUCCCUGCAGAGAAAACCCCCAAACAAAACAAGGCACUGCAAAAUAUCACAGAUAAUAAGCUGCAGUGUCAAAGUUUAAAAAUUCUGGAUGACUGUAAAUUAAAAAUCCCUCCUCUACAAACAAAAUACAAUCUGCUGAACAUGGAGUCCAAGACUGUCUACCACUGUGAUUGCACUAGCAGGUUGGCUUUUCAAAUUGCAAGCUUUCAACAACUGAUUAUUCCCAGCUCACUUUUGGUGGAGUUCGUCUCUCAGCAGUGCUUCACUUUGCCAAAGAAGAAAAAAUGCCAUCACAAAAAGAGAUGUUUUUCCAGCUUCUCCAAAGCCUUUGACCUAUAUCAAGCACUUCAGAAGAUGGGAGAGAAAGGCACAGCUGACAUCAGAAUUACUGCCAUUGACAGAAAACGACGGAUUCCUGUUCGCCUUUAUAAGAGAUGCCUGCGGCUUGAGAAGGGACCUGAUAUAAUGGCACAGCUCAAAUGACAGAGCAAUGAGCUACUUUAUGAAGGCAAAAUAGUUUUUUAAGUGAUACUUUCCUAGCAGAAUUUUCACUUUCUCUGUGACAAGAAAAAUGGAGACAUCUAUGAAUAUUUAAACCCUGGAAUAUUAUUAUGCCUUUAUAGAUAUGCUUGUAUAGAUUUUGAAGCACUAAGUUAUAGAGACCUGUUAGUGAAAAAACAAAAAAUUAAAAUUUGUUGAUUGAAAACACAUGUUAUUUAAAUAUUUUUUAAAUAUCAGUCUGAAUAUAGUAAUCUGAAUAAAAUGUGGUUUUAGAAAAACAUGGCUUAAUGCGUCAGUCUUUCACAAAUUAUUAGACGUUGAGAUUUUUAUUCUGUUAACAUUGACAUUGUCGGAAAUGCCAACAGCUAAUGGUCAACUUUUCACAAACAAUUCACAAUCUA